AUGGAUAAAAAACAAAGAUCCAUGGUAUGGGUAUAUAUGUAUGUAUAGCUUCGCAAUCUCAUCUUUUUAGGAUGGUCAUGGAGAACAAACUUUUAACUAUUUGAAUAAAAACAGUGUUCAAGAAAAGUGUUCAAGAUUGCUCGGCGCAAUGUUGAAUAAAUCCUGGCCGCUGGAACUAAAGGAAGGCAGCCAGUUGAAUGACAAGGAGAAAGAAAAAAUUUUGCUCAACCAUCUUCUCACAUGGUCAACAUGGCCCGGGUUCUUAAAGUUCUUCGGUAAGGAAUUUUCGAAGUAGAUACAUCACGGUCAAAAACAAAAAGUGUUUCACUUCCGCUUCUGUAAUUGAUCUGUUGUCAUGCAGUUACUGUCAUUUGUUCUGUUUUUUUUUUGCAGAGGAUACUGAUUUAUAUUAGCAAAUACCGCGAUAAAAUUUAAGUUGUCCAACUUAAAUGCUUUAAAUGUAACAAAAAAUGCAUCCUUGUCUUCAAAUUAAAUAUAAAAGAAGAAAACUAAACUUUAUCACGGCAUAUUUGCCGAUAAAUCAGACACUUUCUGUAUACUGAAUCUAAAAAUAGCUGCAAAAGAUGCUCAGUAUAAACAUGUUAGCACUUGCGUGACGGUUUAUACCAGACAGAGUAAUAAAUAUAAGCCUUAUAAGUUCCCAUAUGUUUGUUGGAAAAACGUUUUGAGCAAGUCACGUCAGAAGUUUAUUAGUAUUAUAGAGUGGUCCCAUAUGAAUUCAAUUUUAUAAAUUGGAUAAAAUUAAUAUUAAUCUUAAUAUUAAUUAAAAUUCGAGGGCGAGCAUUAAAUUUAUGCAUUUUUGCUGCAAUUAUUGGUUAUAUAUAUAUAGUAGUUAACAGAAAUAAAUUGGCAGUUUUGAAAAGGUUACUUUCGUCGCCUCAUUGGUAAAUUCGUAUUGAUUGACUAAUCAAAUGACCGGAAAAACAAGCUAUUGCCGUUUGCGUUGAUUUUAUUUUGUCAUUUGUUGUUGUUGAACUUUAUUUAGGCACGGAAGCUCUUCAUGCACAGGCGCCGUGUGUAUUUAAAUUAUUUACAAUAACAUACCUAUUACUAUUGACAAUUUAUUUUUGAAAAUUUUUAGUGAGUAGUUGGAUUUCCUUAUUUCAGUUGGCAUUGAAUUCCAUACCACUGCUUCAUUAUACGCAGGGCUGUUUUUUUAAAAAAAUGGUGUUUGGUUUAGGAAUGACAAAAUUGUGGUCAUGACCUUAUAGCUCGUGUAUUAUGGCUAUGAAGUGUGUUAUAGCUCGAUUCAUUAAACGGACUGGAAAGAUAUGAUGGGCCUAACUUUAAAUAUUUUACACAUGAAGCAAGAUUUUUGUUUCAUUUACUUAUCUUUUAAUAUCGUCCAAUAUAGGUCUUAAAAUCUGCGAAGAGCGUAUUUCGUAGUUGCUCCUACCAAUAGUCAAUUCUCAUUAUAGACUAAUUUUACUAGGUAAGGAGAUGCAAAUAAAUCACCACAGCUAGAAAGAGCAUACUAAAAUUAGUAAAAUGACAAUGUUUGGUUACGAAAUGUUGGAAUAUGAGGAAAAUACAUCCUUGCGAAGUUUGCAAAUUUUGUAUACUUUUGUAGUGCGUGCGGAAAUUCCUACCACAUUCCUACCACAUUUGGGGCCGAAAAUGGUAGCAAUUUCCGCAUGCGCACGUCAUACAAAAGUAUACAAAAUUUUCAAACUUUGCAGCCUCAUUUUCAUGUUGAACAAACACAUGUCCGAAUUAAAGCCCCCUUAACACACUUAGCAACCAUAUUUGAAGCUGGAAACAGCGAUAUUCUUAAAAAGAAUCACAACACGGUAAUUUUAAGCCCUGUUUCCCGCUUCUACUCUAAAUGUCCAUCGAACGCGAUAUUUUUGAGAACUGCCACCAGACUAAUAUAUUUUCCGCAUUUUACAACAUUUCGCAACCAAACUUUGCAAUUUUACUAAUUUUAGUAUGCUCUUUCUAGCAGUGGUGAUUUAUUUGUAUCUCCUUGCAUAUAGUUUUGAAAUUAGUCUAUAUAAUGGGAAUUGUCUAUUAUUCGAGCUGCUCGAUUUUGUAUUUUUUGUAGCUUAUGCUUAUCCCAUAAACCUUAUUACCACAUCUAUCCCAGGCAAAACUGCAAUAAUCGAAAUGAGGCGCCCGGAACGAUAUACUAUAGUAUAUGUCAACCAGUGUGUUAAUUGGCAGCAGAUCACAAAUACGUCUUGACAUUCCAUUCCUAGGGCUUGGACACUUUUUUGGAAAAAAUUUACGUGUCUUCGCCACGAUAAAUUUUCAUCAAUCACAUAAACCCAAAGGAUUUUCUGCAACUACUCGCUUUACGAUGUGUCUUCCGAUAAAUCUGAGGAUCUGAUGACAACUUACUUAUUCAAACUUUGGAGCCAAUACUCGCUCUUUAAGACAUUUACGCCCGUAUUCUAAAGCUCACUCACACUCAAUGAGUGGGAGUUCCAUCUGGGCUUCUCUUGAGUGUCGAUGCUUUUUUGACUAGCUGGAGGGUGAGAAGUCACAUAUUAAAGUUUCACACUAACCCCCAGCUAUUCAAAAACAGCAACGACACUCGAGAGAAGUCGUUCAGAUUGACAUUCCACUCAUUGAGUGUGAGUGUGAGUGUGAAUAUGAGUGAGCUUUUAGAAUACGGGCGUUAGAUUUAAUGUAUUUGCUUACAAGUUAUCUAGAUCUUUUUAUAUUAAUUGUUUAUAUUGAUUUCGUUUAUUGAUAUCCAAACAUGCUAAGCAAUGUUGCUGAUCAAGGUAAAAGGGAACGAAUUUUACUUUUUCGCAGUGAUUUUUGCGAUUCUAUAACAUGAACUAUAUACUGUAUUUUUUAUUUUUCAAGGGAGCAGCUCCAGUAGUAAGGAUAAAUUAACAAAACAGGGUGCCUGCAGAAUGAUCAUGGCCCGUGCAGAAUCGUGCCUUGAUAAUCUAAUAAAGUCUGUCGAGAAUGGGAAUGUUACAGUUGGCACACUCAAGGUCUUAGAAAAACAUUCCAAUCAAUUUUUAAAGCUGGGUGAGAUACACCAAAUGAACCGAAAAGUUUCAGUAUCAGUAAAGAAUUAUUUUUCACAACGACUUCGUGAACUGAAGGAGUUUUUCACAUUGAGAGACCAUCUGGAAUGUUUUAUUCGCUUCAACGACAAAUUCACUUCAGGUAUAUCACUCACCAAUUACAUAUUUUCAGAGUAUUCCAAAUAAUAUAUUUUUAUAACUAUAAUAAGGCAUUAGCAUCCAUUAUGUCUUUUCUUUAUUGU